AAUUCAAGCCUACUUCUUCAACUGUUACUUUGUGUGUUAAUGUGUCGUGUUUGUACAAAGAAGAAAAUAAAAAAAAUAUAGAAAAUGGAUAAGUGGCUUUCCAGUUUUAAGAGUAAACAUAAGGAAACAGAUAAAAAUAAGCAAAAGGAUUCCCCAGCACCAAUUGAUAUAGAAAAGCCAGGUUGCAGUUAUCAAAACGAGGGCUCCCCUAUUUAUCCUGCUCCCACACAUUCUCAUAUUAUGAGUGACAAUGGCGAUACUAAUAAUAUGAAUGAUCCUACAACAUCAGCAAAAAAGAAAAUAAAAAUGGAAAAAGCCUCAAAGUAUGAAAAAAAGAAGACUUUUAACAGCUCUUGGAAAAGUGUACCAGAAUUCAUGAAUUGGUUAGAAAAAUCUACAAAACAACCAUCAUCUGAGGGUAAUGAGUACGCCUAUUGCAAGGUAUGUGAUUGUGAUAUUGUAGCUCAUAAAAGUGUAUUAUUGAAACAUUCAACAAGUGACAGGCAUAAAUUAAAUUGGACAAAAGUGACUAGCAAUAUUAAACUUACUGAACUGUAUAAACCAAAUGCUGAUGAUUUAGCUGUAAAAACGGCAGAGUUAAAGUUAUGCGCCUUGUUGGCAAGCAAUAACCUGCCAUUUUUAUUAGUAGACACCCUAACUCCUUUAAUUCAAAAUAUAUUUCCUGACUCGAAAAUUGCUAAACAAUUACAUUUAAAACGAACCAAAGCGACGUCAAUUAUUUGCAAUAACUUGGGGAAUAAUUUUCUUGAAGAACUAUAUAUUAAAUUAAGGGAGCCAGGAUGUUUUUUUUCUUUAGUUAUGGAUGAAACUACUGAUAUUUCAAUAAAAAAGCAAUGUGCAUUCACUACUAUAAUUUAUGAAAAUAAUUCAACCAAAACACAAUUUUUUGAUCUUGUUGAAGCUCAGGGAUCAACAGCUAAUGAUUUAUAUGGUAUUCUAAAGAACUGUUUAACUUCAAAGAAUAUUCCACUAACAAAUUUUGUAGGGUUUUCAUCAGAUACCACCAAUGUUAUGGUUGGAGAGUUUAAUUCUGUAUUUUCCAAGUUAAAGGAAGAAUUUCCACAUAUAAUAUGUAUUAGAUGCUCAUGUCAUAUGGCACAUUUAGCUACAUCAAAAGCCUGUUUAAAAUUACCUAGGCAUGUGGAAGAUCUGCUCCGAAACAUAGGCAGUCACUUUAAUAGGAGUGCUUUGAGGAGACACAAAUUUAUAGAGUUUCAAAAUUUUUUUCAAGUGAAAAUUCACAAGAUACUCUCUCCAGCCAUAACAAGAUGGUUAUCUAUUAAAGAAUGUGUCGAUAGAGUGCUUGAGCAAUAUGAGCCACUUAGAGCAUAUUUGACAGAAUAUGUAUUUGAAGACCCAUCAAUUACAACAGAGACAAUGUUGGAAACCAUGUCAAAUUUGUUCACACCAGUAUAUCUAGAGUUUAUGUCAUAUUCUUUAGGACUAAUGACAGACUUCAAUUUACUCUUUCAGUCAGAAAAACCACUUCUUUGUAAGGUUAAGCCACAAACUGAAACUCUGUUGAGAACGCUUUGUUCCAAUUUUAUAAAGAUGUCUGUAAUAAAAAGAACCAAUGACAUAUUUAUCCUUAACCAUGAAAACCCUACAAAUUUUGAGUUAGACAAUGAAUGGAGAAGACAUGCUCUAUUAGACUUUGAAAAAUUAAAUUUAAAUUCAGAUGACUGUGAGCAAUAUUGGUCUCAAAUAUUUAAUUUAAAAAAUGAUGCUAAUGCUUUUUUAUUUCCGAAUUUAAAAAAGACGCUACAGCUACUUUUUGUUUUACCAUUCUCUAAUGCCAGUGUAGAACGGAGUUGUAUUGCCAAAUUUGUUAAAAUACAUGUGGGACACAAAUCCAAGUUAACACACAUGACAUUGACAAAGCAUGAGAAAGAAGAGAUUGCAAAAAAGAUUGCUCAAAAAAUACCAUUCAACAAUAUUUUGGAUGACAUUAGAGACUCUGUGAUUGAUUUAAAUUUAAAAAGAAUUCACUUGACUACUAAAAAGGAUUUAUUCAAUAUUGAGCAUUCUUAUCAACUUGCACAUCCACCAACAUGGCACAAAAAUGAUGCUAUAAGUAUAGAAGCUUGGGUAAAUUCGAUGAAAGAGCAGGGAGAAUGUGUUCUUUUUUAUAAGCCUCAAGGUGUUUACUAUAAGGAUUAUCCACAAUUAAAAAAUGACGACUUUGUUCUGGUAAUAAUGACACCAUCACAGGUUGAACUUUUGAAAAAAUUUGGGGGUAACAUUAUAUGCUUAGAUGGCACACAUGGAACUAAUAGCUAUGAUUUUGAACUUCACACAAUUAUGGUGGUUGAUGAAAUUCGAGAAGGCUUUCCUUGUGGGUUUCUAAUUUCUAAUCGUUCAGAUCAUGAAGUUUUGGUUUUAUUUUUUUCUGAAAUUAUGAAGCAAACUGGGAUUAUAAAGUGUAAAGCUUUUAUGUCAGAUAUGGCAGAGGCAUAUUUCAAUGCAUGGCUCCAAACAAUGGGAGCACCAGAUAAGCGGUUAUAUUGCACAUGGCAUGUAGAUAAAGCUUGGAGAAAGAAUAUUAAUUCAAAAAUAAUAUCAAAAAAAACUCGAGCUCUUGUCUACAAACAACUAAGAGUUCUUCUUCAAGAAAGAGAUGAAAAGGCUUUUGAAAGGAUGAUCAUUAAGUUUUUGCAUGAUCAAAGUCAAAAUUCUGAUAUGUCAGAGUUUUUUCAAUAUUUUAAACAAUAUUCCAAAAAUCCACAAGUUUGGGCAUGUUGCUAUAGGAAACAUAUCGGAAUAAACACAAAUAUGCGCUUGGAGAGACUUCACAGAGCUUUAAAAUAUGAGUACCUUAAUGGAAAGAAAGUAAAGAGAUUAGAUAAGUCGAUACUAGCAAUUAUGAGAUUGGUCCGUGAUAAAUUGUUUCAAAAAAUCAUUUCUGAGCAUAAAGGCAAGCUCUGUACAACUAUUUCAAAUAUCAGAGUAAAACACAAUGAAUCUGAUAAAAUAGAUGGAAACUUAAUUAUCAGAACAGAUGAUACUUUCACUGUUCCCUCAAUGAGUUCAACAGAAGUCUAUUAUAUACAUAGGGAUGUUGAAAGUUGUAUGUGCACACUGAAAUGUGAAGAUUGUGGCAUUUGUGUUCAUCAAUUUUAUUGUACUUGUAUGGACUCAAGUAUCAAAUUUAAUAUGUGUAAACACAUACAUGCAGUUGCACAAUUAUUAAAUAGAGUAGACACGUCACAGGAAACUAAUCUUAACCCUGAAGAGGAUAAUAAUUUGAUUAUCGAAAACAAUGCAGCUCCUGAAGUUGCCACUAUUCUCAAUGAGCUAAGCAAAAAACAGGUAGCAUCAGAAGAGACCAAUCUAAAGAAAAGGCAAGAUAUAUUAAUAGAAAAACUCACAACUCUUAUUAGAAGUACAGAAUCCAUUGAAGAAUUGGAAUCUCUAGAAACAAUUACCUCAUCAAUGACCCCCACUAUGGCAGCUGUCAGAGACAGUUUAAAAAAUGAUAAAACUUUAGUUGUGAAAAGUGUGUCUAAGGGAAACAUAGUACCACAAAGAAGGCUAUUUUCCACAAAAAAGAAAAAAAAUAAAACCAGUGUUAUAUUACCACAACAGAAAGAGAAUAACGAAAUUGCUAUGAAUCUGUUAAUUUAA